AUUGCAGAAUGAAAAAUGGAUGAACGUCAAAGUGGGAGACAUCAUUAAAUUAGAAAAUAACCAAUUUGUUGCUGCUGAUUUGCUUCUCCUAUCAAGUAGUGAGCCACAUGGUCUCUGUUAUAUUGAAACUGCUGAGCUCGAUGGGGAAACAAACCUAAAAGUACGCCAUGCGCUAUCAGUUACCUCAGAACUUGGAGGAGAUAUGAACAGACUUGCAAGGUUUGACGGGAUUGUUGUCUGUGAGGCACCUAACAACAAAUUAGAUAAAUUUACGGGAGUCCUCUCUUGGAAGGACAGCAAGCACUCCCUCAACAAUGAGAAGAUAAUCUUGAGAGGCUGCGUCCUGAGAAACACCAGCUGGUGUUUCGGAAUGGUUAUUUUUGCAGGUCCUGACACUAAACUAAUGCAGAACAGUGGUAAGACAAAGUUUAAAAGGACAAGCAUUGAUAGAUUAAUGAAUACUCUAGUACUGUGGAUUUUUGGGUUUCUGGUAUGCUUGGGAAUUAUUCUUGGAAUAGCAAAUUCAAUCUGGGAGAAUCAAGUUGGGGACCAGUUCAGAACUUUCCUCUUUUGGAAUGAAGGAGAGAAGAGCUCUGUGUUCUCAGGAUUCUUAACAUUCUGGUCAUAUAUUAUUAUUCUCAAUACGGUUGUACCCAUUUCAUUAUAUGUGAGUAUGGAAGUAAUUCGUCUAGGACACAGUUAUUUUAUAAACUGGGAUCGGAAGAUGUAUUACUAUGGGACAGCAACAGCUGCUGAAGCUCGGACGACCACGCUUAAUGAGGAACUGGGCCAGAUUGAAUACGUUUUCUCUGACAAAACGGGCACUCUCACUCAAAACAUCAUGACUUUUAAAAAAUGUUCCAUUAAUGGGAGAAUCUAUGGUGAAAUACAUGAUGACCUGGGUCAGAAGACAGAAAUAACUAAGAAAAAAGAACCUGUGGAUUUCUCAGUCAAAUCCCAAGCAGAUAGAACGUUUCAGUUCUUUGACCAGAGUCUGAUGGAAUCCAUUAAACUGGGCGAUCCCAAAGUGCAUGAAUUCCUUCGGUUACUUGCUCUCUGCCACACCGUAAUGCCGGAGGAGAACAGUGCAGGACAGCUGAUUUACCAAGUUCAAUCACCUGAUGAAGGUGCUCUAGUGACUGCUGCUAGAAAUUUGGGGUUCAUUUUUAAGUCCCGCACCCCAGAGACAAUAACAAUAGAAGAGUUGGGAACACUAGUUACUUACCAAUUGCUUGCCUUUUUGGAUUUCAACAAUAUCAGAAAAAGGAUGUCUGUUAUAGUUCGAAACCCAGAAGGACAGAUAAAGCUUUAUUCCAAAGGAGCAGAUACUGUUCUGUUUGAAAAACUUCAUUCUUCCAACGAAGAAGACCUUCUGUCUUUGACGUCAGACCAUCUCAGUGAGUUUGCAGGGGAAGGUCUUCGAACCCUGGCCAUUGCAUACAGAGAUCUGGAUGACAAGUACUUUAAAGAGUGGCAUAAGAUGCUUGAAGAUGCAAAUGCCGCCAUAGAUGAAAGGGAUGAACGGAUAGCUGAGCUGUAUGAAGAAAUUGAAAGAGAUCUGAUGCUACUAGGUGCCACUGCUGUAGAAGAUAAGUUACAAGAGGGUGUUAUUGAAACAGUUACAAGUUUAUCACUAGCCAAUAUUAAGAUCUGGGUCCUAACAGGAGACAAACAAGAAACUGCCAUCAACAUUGGUUACGCCUGCAACAUGCUGACGGAUGACAUGAAUGAUAUGUUUGUAAUAGCAGGGAACAAUGCAGUGGAAGUGAGAGAAGAGCUCAGAAAAGCAAAGGAAAGUUUGUUUGGACAAAACAGAAGUUUUUCCAAUGGCCAUAUUGUUUGUGAAAAAAAGCAGCAGCUGGAGCUGGACUCUGUUGUAGAAGAAACUGUAACGGGAGAUUAUGCCUUAAUCAUAAAUGGCCACAGUUUGGCGUAUGCCCUAGAAAGUGAUGUCAAGAAUGAUUUCCUCGAACUUGCCUGCAUGUGUAAGACUGUGGUUUGCUGCAGAGUCACCCCACUCCAGAAAGCCCAAGUAGUAGAACUGGUGAAGAAUCACAGAAAUGCUGUCACUUUGGCCAUUGGCGAUGGAGCCAAUGAUGUCAGCAUGAUUAAAAGUGCUCACAUUGGCGUUGGCAUCAGCGGCCAGGAAGGACUGCAAGCAGUCUUAGCCAGUGACUUCUCAUUUGCACAGUUUAGAUAUCUCCAAAGGCUUCUCCUUGUUCACGGAAGGUGGUCCUAUUUCCGCAUGUGCAAAUUCUUAUGCUACUUCUUCUAUAAGAAUUUUGCAUUUACCCUUGUGCAUUUCUGGUUUGGUUUCUUCUGUGGUUUCUCAGCCCAGACUGUUUAUGACCAGUGGUUCAUUACACUUUUUAACAUUGUCUACACAUCACUACCUGUUUUAGCCAUGGGGAUUUUUGACCAGGAUGUGAAUGAUCAGAACAGCAUGGACCAUCCCCAGCUCUACCAACCUGGACAGCUGAAUCUUCUUUUUAAUAAGCAUAAAUUUUUCACCUGCAUGGUGCAUGGAAUCUACACCUCAUUAGCCCUUUUCAUCAUCCCCUACGGGGCCUUCUACAAUGUGGCUGGAGAAGAUGGGCAACACAUUGCCGACUACCAGUCUUUUGCAGUUACCAUGGCCACAUCUUUGGUCAUUGUGGUCAGUGUGCAGAUAGCCUUGGAUACCAGUUACUGGACUGUCAUUAAUCACGUCUUCAUCUGGGGCAGCAUUGCCACUUACUUCUGCAUAUUAUUUACAAUGCACAGUAAUGACAUCUUCAGCACCUUUCCAAGCCAGUUUCCAUUUGUCGGAAAUGCACUGCAUUCCUUGACCCAGAAGUGCGUCUGGCUUGUUAUUCUCUUGACAACGGUGGCUUCGGUCAUGCCAGUGGUGGCAUUCAGAUUUUUGAGGGUGGAUUUAUACCCAACCCUGAGUGAUCAGAUCCGCCAAUGGCAGAAGGCUCAAAAGAAGGCAAGGCCCCCAAGAAGCCGAAGGCCUCAGACCCGCCGGUCAAGCUCAAGAAGAUCUGGAUACGCUUUUGCUCACCAAGAGGGCUAUGGAGAACUUAUCACAUCUGGAAAAAAUAUGCGAGCUAAAAAUCCACCAACAUCAGGGUUGGAAAAGACACUUUAUAAUAGCACUAGCUGGAUUGAAAAUUUAUGUAAGAAAACCACAGACACAGUGAACAGCUUUAGUCAGGAUAAAACAGUGAAACUGUGA